AUGUCAUCCUCCUCCUCCGCCUCCAUUUCCUAUAUACUUCCCUCCCCACACUCCAACCUUCACAAAUUCCAAACCUUCACUUCCAACCACUACAAACCCCAAUCCCGUUUUCUCUUCUCCUUCCCCGUAUCCAAAAUCAACAGCGUUAGGAGCCUUAAAACCCGUUGCGCUUCAGAUAAUUCCUCUAGUUUCCAUGGGGUCGAGUUCAUUGUUUCCAUUUUACCAGGAGGCGAUUGGUGGUCAUUACCGAAGCACCGGGAAGACCAUGCAGAACCGGCAGAGGCUAAGCUCGCUCUCCGACGAAUGUUGGAGCUAGUUGCCGAUGAGCGGUGGGUUGCAGUCGUGGCAUUUGGGUCCCUUGUCAUUGCUGCUCUUUCAGAAAUCACCAUGCCAAGUAUACUGGCAGCAUCAAUAUUUUCGGCACAAAGCGGCGAGACUGCGGCUUUCUCUAGGAAUGCAAUGUUUUUGGUUCUUCUAUGUUUCACUUCAGGGAUAUGCAGGUAA